GUUCCUCUAGUCUCUUCUCACUCCUCACAGUGUAAACAACAUCAGACAACACAACAGUGAACACACAACAACACAACAGCAACAUAAACUGUUAAAACAACAUCAUGUCACCACCCCGGGAGGAACCCUUGAUAAAACGACUGGCGAGGUCUAGAGCCCUGAAUAGUGGAGCUCCUUCUAGAGAUGCAUCUUUAUCUCCAAGCAGAACAUCAUUUAACGAAACCAAUCUCACCCCUAGAUCAUCCAGCCAGCCCCCAGCACCUAGUACCAUUUACGUCAACCAGCAAAGUCGGGGAGGAGGAGGAGGGGUGCAGUACCUACCCUGCACCUUUGUCUAUCCGUUCUCCAGCUCCCUCUCCUCUACCUCCACCUCUAUGCCCUCUUUGAACAAGCCAACUAUUAUUGAGCAAACUAAAUUCCAUCCCAACCUACCAAUGCGUAAACUCUCCAAACUAUCUAACCUCUGUUGGGUGAGCUCGGUGUCCCAACCCGACCUUACUCUAACUGUGAACACCCCUCCCACGAUGUCCCCCUGCAACUCCCUCCCGACCUCCAGGGCUUCAUCUCCUGCCCCUCCUUCUGUAUCUGCUAGAGGCUCUCUCUGUGGAGGCCCUUCCCCUGGAGUCUCUCCCAUGGGCUCCACACAAAGUGUUUACACGUCCGCCUUUGCGCCCAAUGGGUCACAGUUUGUCCAGAAUGGAUCCGGUUCCAGGUUCAGCUCCCUGUCUCGCAGCUCCAGGUCUCCUCCCAGAUCAGAUCGGAGAAUGCAGGCAGGUACAUCUCCUUACGUGUCAAAUCAAAACCUAUCCCACCAUCAGUCUCAGGGUAGUGGUUCAGUUCCUUUAAGUCCUCCACAGCUGAGCGGAUAUCUGCAGAACCUGGUGAUUGUGUCAGGGAACGGAUCCUAUAAUUUCCCUGUUCAGAAAAAUCUGAAUCGUAAUCGUACUUUAAGUGAUCAUGAGCAUUAUGAUUACUUUGAUCAAGGAUACCAUGAAAACCAUGGAAGCCAUGGAAGCCAUGGAAGCGAUGGAAACCAUGGAAACCAUGGAAACCAUGGAAACCAUGGAAACCAUAGAAACCAUGGAAACCAUGGAAAUCAUGGUAACCAUGGAAACCAUGAAAGUCUUGGAAAUCAUGGAAAUCAUUUGAACGAUGGAGAUCCCAGAAAUCAUGGAGUUCAUGGAGAAUAUCCUGAGAAUAAUGGAUUUAAUAGCAAUCCCAGAAAUCAUUGUAAUUUUGGAAUCCCAAGUUUUCAAGGAAUUCACGGUGGUCAAAAUAACUGUGGAAAUGAAUGCCAUGAUUGCUUUGGAAACCAUGGAAAUUCGGGGAAUAAUGGAUUCCACGGAAACCAUGGAAAUCUUGGAAUCUUAGGAAAUUAUGGGAGUUAUGGAAAUCAUUCAAAUCCAGAAAAUCUGCGAUAUCUAAAUGAGACUUACAGCAAUGAUUAUGGAUUUCCAUUUCCUCAUGGAAAUAAUGGUAAUGGUGGAGGUUGCAUCAAUACUGGAUAUUAUGUAAAUCAAGCCGGGCAUCAUGGAUAUACUGAGCCCCACGGUAACAAUGUAUGUACGGAAAAUAUUGGAAACCAUGGGAUGCCAAAUUAUGUAAUAGUUCCUGACCCAGGGAACUUGGAAAAUCAGAAAUUCUCGGCGAAUCAAAGAAAUCAAUUCGGAAACUCUGGGAAUCAUCCUGAUUCGAGCAACUAUGAUCUAAACGGGAUACCUCAAGGGUUGAAUACCUAUAGGGUUAGUCACAGUGUGGCUCAGCCUGCUGAUACAGCUGUAACUAAUUCCAACCUUCUCUACAAGGUACAGAGACGAAGCACCAGUCCUGCACGACAAAACCCGGAGAAACCUUGCGCUGUAAUCCCUCCAAACCAGAUAAGUUCAGGGUCUGUUCCGUCCCGUCGGGCUUCUGUCACGUCGGGGGUAUUUUUACACCCUCCCCAGCUGGAAAUCGUCCUCAAACAUCGUGGUUCCAGUGUUCCGCCCCAGGAGGAGAGGUUCCUCCAGGACGAGGAGAAGAUGAAGAACGUUGGAACCUGUUGCUCCGACCUAGAACCCAGAGAAAGUAUCCCAUUCGUCCUGGAAACUUGCAAGAUCUGCAAUGUGUUCCUACGAGGAGCAGGAGCAGGAGAUGAUAACCUUCAUACCUGCAACUACUUCAGCUACACCCCCUGCGUGUAUGGGGACAAGGUUGUGCUCCUCAGUUAUCCGGGUGGUGGGAAUCCUACUCGGGAGAUAAACUCAUCCACGGUGAACCAAGACAGCGUGGAUUUGAAAGCUUUGCAAGUAAAAAGUGCAUCUGGGAGUGGACAAGGAACCAUAGACAACAGAAUAGAGCAAGCUAUGGAUUUGGUGAAGUCUCACCUUAUGAGCGCUGUCAGAUCAGAGGUUGAAGAACUUAGAGAUAAAAUUUCAAAAUUAGAGGAAUCAGUCAGUCAUUUAUCCAGAGAGAACGAGUUGCUGAGAGCAAAUGUGAACCCGGAGAUUUUAGCAAACUUGUCAAACCGGCAGCAGUGUAUACCCCCGGACACGGAGCCAGGACAAUACUAGGACAUGUAUGUCCUAGUAGCGCGGACACAUACGUCCAGCUCUUUUCCGGGGUAAACCCUAAAUUGCAAUUAGACAAGCUGUCCUGAUCUCUGCGCUGAAGACGAGGUUGAAGGACCAGAACAAGAGGACGGUCUCCGUCCUCCUCUGCUCAGAUGUUUGUCCUCCGGGACUUUCUUGUCCUGGAAUAAAAUAAGAUAUUUACACUAACUAGUGCUACAUCCUUCAUAUUAUAUUUAUUUAAACAAUUCUAGACAAUUAUCAAAUAUGAGGAAAUCGCUAUUGAGGCAUUAUCAAACGUUGCAAAUAAUUGGCCCAGAUGGAAAUAAAAUAUCCAUUCAAUGCUUUGACUUGUUUUAAACCUCUCUCUCUCUCUAACAAUAUGUAUUUAGUUUUCUACAUUUUCCUUUGAAGACCUAAGGUCCGUAAGGCGUCUUCCUGGAUACGAUUUGAGAAAGAAAUAAUAAAUAAGACAUUUUUUGUUCUUGUUCGCAAAUUUUGAAUUUUGUUGAGCCCCGUGUAUGGGGGGCUCUAGGCUGUGUUAUAUUUAUUAUGAAUAUUGCUUAUUAUAAUGUAAUUAUAUAUAAACCUAAUUGGCGCCCAAUAGUUUGUGUAACUGGGAAACUUAAUUAUAAUUUUCUUAUGACAAUAAAUUCAUACAAUAGA